AUGACAGCAGUAGCACCUCCACCUUCCGUAUUGCCUUCAACAGGGCCCACGUCUACUGCCCCCUCAUCGUCAUCGGUCAAGGCCGAGAAGACUGAGGAAAAAUCUAAACCUCCUGUCACUGUCAAGGAGCCCAAGGAAGACCGCGACGGCAACAAGGACGAGGCUGACGCCAAGUCUCCGGGAGCCGCCAACGACUCCUCCAAUCGGUCAAUGUUUGACCUUGAGCCGAACCCAUUCGAACAAUCUUUCUCCCGUGGUUCAGCUUCCACCGAACGUACUACCCCUCCACGUGGUGGCGACGCCACUAGUGUCAAGCACAACGCUCUCCCUCCUCUCUCGUCUUUAACGAGCCCCGCCGCGGCCGACCCCAGUCAGUUCCCUUGGCUCGCCGGCCAUUCUCUUCGUGCAGGACCUUUGAGUCCUGCUAUGCUUGCUGGCCCCGCUCAAGGAAGUCAAGCAGCUGCCGCCGCGGGCGAGAACAACAGCAACACAUUCGAGUCGGGCACUUUCCGUACCGGUCUUACUCCUGGCACUGGAUCUGGCUUCACUCCGGGAUACAACGCACUCCUCAACUCAAACUUUGGUGCCCUGCCUAUGCCCAGUCCCAACACUGCGGCCUUCUUGAACAGCAUCACCAACGUCGACACCACCGACGGAGCUGCCCCUGCCAACAACGGUACCCAAGCCGGCCAGUUUAGCGAGCGUCAGCCCCCAUCUGCCAUCCCCCCUCACCUGCAGAGCCAGCAAGGCGGUCCCCACGGCCUGUCCCAUCUGAACCCUGCCCACAACGGCCAGGAGACUAUCCCUCCCAACGCGCUCAACGCCUUGACCACUGCCGCCAGCGAACUCAACCGCCCAGCCGGUGGCAUUGCUCCCCCAUUCUACCAGCCCGUGCACCCCGGCGCCGUUGCCCCAGGCAUGUCUCAUCCCGACUUUGCUCAGCAGAACGCCAAUGCGGCCAGCCAGGCUGCCAAUGGCUUGUUCCUCCUCUCCCAGGCUCACCAAGAGUUGUCAAAGCGGGAAGAGGAGGCCAAGUCGAGCACUCCCAAGCGCGGCGCGGAACCGAAAGCGGCUGCUGGCCAGAAGCGCAAGGAGUCUGGUGCCGGCAAGGGAGGUGCGGCCAAGAAGGGCAAGAAGGCCAAGGACGAGCCUAGCGAGUCGUCUGAAGACGAGGGUCUGGACGACAAGAAGGGCAACCGCAACGAGACCGAGGAAGACAAGCGCCGCAAUUUCCUCGAGCGCAACCGCCAGGCUGCUCUCAAGUGUCGCCAGCGCAAAAAGGCCUGGCUCGGCGAGCUGCAGAACAAGGUCGAGACGUUGUCAAUGGAGAACGAGCGUCUCCAGCAGACUGUCCACACCCUCGACGAGGAGAUUGCGCGACUGUCGUCGAUCCUCAUGCAGCACCGCGACUGUGGCCUCGGUAUCCCCAUGCAGCAGCAGCCUGCGUACGGCCGUCCCCUCCGUUAG